AGAGGGGUUAGCCCGAGUGCAUUGCAACCCAACGCGGUGAGGUCUCUGCGUCUCCUUGCAAGGGCGGACCGCCCGGUCAGUCUGGAAACCUUCGGCCGCUGAGCAGCCGGCGAUGAUUGACAGCUGAGGGGACCAGCCAAAAAUAAAUGUCAGCUGCAGCAAAUAUAGCAGCGGAGUCACAGAGAGAGAGAGAGGAUUCACCCCACUGCCCAAAUAGGCACGUCUCUCACCGGAGGUUCAGAGACUAGCUCCCUCCCUUGCUACUUACGUAACAUUUCCAGUUGCAAUUCCCCAGAUCUGUUUGUCAGCGAAAUCAAAGGAAUUUUGUGUCGCCCUCGCUCAUUCGGACAGCUGCUACUGUCAAAAAUAAACUGCUGGUCCCCAGGCACCAUGAACUACUUCCGAUAUAUCAAUGCAGUAAGUGCAGCUCGAAAAGCUUCACCGAUUAGAGAGCUGACUGAACUGUUAAACAGGAGCCCACCAACCAUGAUCUCAUUGGCUGGAGGAAUGCCGAACCCCAGAAUGUUCCCCUUUGAAUCUGCCAGUUUUACCAUCCAGGACGGUCUGAAAAUAAACUUCAGUCCGGAAACAAUGAAGAGGGCACUGCAGUAUUCCAAUUCAGCAGGAAUUCCAGAAUUAGUCUCCUGGAUGAAGGAUCUGCAAAAGAGUGUUCAUAACCCUCCAACCGUCAACUACAGUCCUGAUGGAGGAAAGAUGGAGCUCUGUGUCACCAACGGCAGUCAGGAGGGAUUAAGUAAGGUAUUUGAGAUGCUCAUAGCUCCUGGUGACUUCAUUCUUCUCGACACACCGACGUAUCCUGGGACAUUAUCAGCACUCAGACCUCUAGGCUGCAAGAUCCUCAGCAUUUUGAGUGAUGAACACGGACUCAUUCCUGAAUCCCUGUCAGAAGUCCUUUCAAAGUGGGCACCAGAGGAGGCGAAGAAUCCGGAUUCCGACGUACCAAGGAUUUUGUACACAAUUCCAAAUGGCGGAAACCCAACUGGAGCUUCCAUGACAGCUGAUCGGAAGCAGGAGGUGUACCAGAUUGCUAGAAAGUACGAUUUGCUGAUAAUUGAAGAUGAUCCUUACUAUUUUCUGCAGUUUGAAAAGCCUUGGGCUCCAUCAUUCCUUUCCUUAGAUGUGGACGGUCGUGUCAUAAGGACAGAUUCCUUCUCCAAGAUCUUGUCUUCAGGGCUGAGAGUGGGCUUCCUAACUGGUCCCAAACCACUCAUAGACCGGGUGGUUUUACAUAUUCAGGUUUCCACGAUGCAUACGAGCACCUUCACACAGCUCAUGGUUGCACAGCUACUGAAACAGUGGGGACAAGACGGCUUCUUGAAACAUGUCGACAGGGUGGUGCAGUUUUACAGAACGCAGCGAGAUGCGAUGCACAAGUCUGCAGAAAGAUGGCUUAAAGAUGUAGCUGAUUGGCAGGUCCCCAGUGCAGGCAUGUUCUUCUGGAUGAAGCUGAACAAAAUCCCAGACACGCAACAACUCAUCUCGGAGAAAGCCAUAGAAAAAGAGGUACUGCUUGUGCCUGGUCGAGUGUUCAUGACUGACAACUCAGCACCGUGUUCGUAUCUCCGAGCUGCUUUCUCCAUUUCCAGCCCUGAAGAAAUAGACGAGGGUUUGCAGAGGCUGGCUGCACUCAUCAAAGGAUCUGCGUAGAGCAUCUUACUGGAAAGGAUAGGCUUAGAAUGAUCCAUCCCCUCACGAAGCAAAUCAAAAAUGAACGUCCUCAUGUGAUUAUAAUUUUCUAACCGUUUUAUUAGCCAAACCGUUAGUUUAAUUGAAUGUUCUUGCACAUUCAACUGUUUCACGUCAAACCAUAGUAAAAACAAUCAGGGUAAAUAAGCAAAUUCAUGUUGAAUGAGUGUGCAGCAUCUGUAAUCCUUACUGUCUCCAAAUUCAUGUUGAAUGUUCAGAAGAACAGUUCCUUGUGUAAAGAGUGAAAGGUCACUUCUUUCAGAAUGGUGCCUUUGUGAUUUUCUUUAGGAAAACCGAGUUUUAUUGUCUGACUGACCUCCCACUUCUGCAUCAGCCAGUUUGAGACUUGAUUCAGUACAUUGGUCCACAUCUCCUGGUAGCUGGAUGCUCAGUGUGUCACACAAAAAUCCCGUCGGCAGCCCUCAGAUUUCCCAGUGCACUCUCUCUGUACCAGGAACGUGAGCGAUGUGGGCAUUGGCGCGAACAUUGGGAAAAUCGCAUUAGAUUAGCACUGCAGAGCUGCAAACCAUUUAUUACGAAAAAUCCCAUUUCCCAGCCUUUGCUUUUCAUUUGAGACAAAAAAGAAUUGCAAAUGCUGGAAUCCAAGGUAGACAAGCAGGAGGCUGGAGGAACACAGUCAGCCAGGCAGCAGGAAGAAGUCAAUAUUUCAGGCUUUUUAAUUCACCCGCUGAGACAUGGCUCCGUUGGCUGGGAAUACAUUUGUUGCCCAUUCCUAGUUGCCCUUCAGAAGGUAGUGGUGAGAUGCCUUCCAGUUCAAAUGCUAUAGGUAGGUUCUAGGAUUUUGACCUAGCACAGUGGAGGAACGGUGAUAUAUUUCCAAGUCAGGAUGGUGAGGUGCUUGGAAGGGAACCUGCAGGCGGUGGUGUACCCACAUAUCUACUUGUCCUUCUAGGUGGAAGUGGUCAUGGGUUUGGAAGGUGCUGGCGGAGGAUCUUGGGCGAAUUUCUACGAUGCAUCUUAUACAGUGUACACACUGCUGCUUCUGAACAUCGGUGUUGAGGGAGUGCGUGUGGUGCCAAUUAAGCGGGCGGCACCCAUUCUGGCAAGUGGGAGGAUUCCAUCACACCCCCGACUUGUACCUUGUAGAUAAUGGGCAGGAUUUGGGGAGUCUCACUCUCCGGCCUGUUCUUGCAGCCACUGUGUCCACUUGAGUUUCUGGUCAAUGGCCUGUCUGAGGAAUCCUUUAAAACCUCUCAUGUUGGUCACGGUUUUUGAUUAUCGGACACAAUAUCACCUUAGGUGCCUUGAUGUCAAACAUUGAUAGUGUUCCUGUAAAGUGUCUUUGGAUGGUUUACAAUUCUGAAGGAGCUAGAAAAAUAUAAACAGUUUUCAAUUACCCCAGAGUACUGUCCACAGGUGCUAAAAGUUUCAGAGAUGAGGACAAAUCUCUUCUCUGGGGGUUGUGAGUAUGCAGAAUUCUUUACCAUAAAAGGGCUGUUGUGGGUCGGUCAUUAAAAGCUGAGGCAAACAGAUUUUUAAUCAAUAAGGAAUCAAGAGUUAUGGGGGGAAAUCCCAUAUUCUUGGGAUGUGGAUGCCUCUUGUAGAAUCCCUAAUUGCCCUUGAAAGGUGGGGUGGUGAACCACUUCCUUGAUCUACUAUAGUUCUCAAGGUGUAAGAUCAUCCAUGUAUUAUUACGGAAGGAAUUCCAGGAUUUUGACCCAGCAAUCGUGAAGGUACAAUGUGGCACGGAGCGGAACUUGAUAUAUGGUGUUCCCAUAUAUCUACUGCCCUUGACCUUCCUGAUGAAGGGCUUAUGCCUAAAACUUCGAUUCUCCUGUUCCUCAGAUGCUGCCUGACCUGCUGUGCUUUUCCAGCACCACACUCUCAACCCUGCCAUUGACCUUCUAGAUGGAAGUGGUCAUGGAUUUGGAAGAUAGUGUUAGAGGAGCUUGGUGAGUUGCUGCAGUGUAUCUUUAUUGUGAGACACACUGCUACCACUGUGCAUUGAGGGUGGAGGUUGUGAAUGUUAAGUGUGAUAGAUAGGUUCCCAAUGCAGCAAGCUGCUUCCUAUAAAUGGUGUCAAGCUGCCUCUGGUCAUGUGAAUAAAACCUUAACUGAAUCUCAUUUAGCUUUCUGCGUUCCAAUGGCAAUAGAUCCAAUAUCACGAUCUUCCAAAUACCACACCUGAUAAGGUUAAAAACUUGUGUUUGGCUCAAAAACUACUGAUAUAUUGUGGUGUUACUCAAAGUGAAUUAAUCAAAAGUGCUGUGUUUGACACUGGAGAGAAACCAAAUAAGCAGAUACUUUAAUUUUUGUCAAAUUCAAACUGUAAAAAUAAAAUGUUCUUCAUGCA